CAACUGUAGGGACUAGGUGGAGAGAUCCACUUAUUCCUCUUCCUGGACUGCGGUCUUUUUGUAGUAAGUGGCAGAGGCAGGAGGCUGGCGGGCCAAGGUGCUGGACUAGGUCAGGGCGGCUCCGCCUGCGCGCCCCGCCCCGCCCCGCCUCGCCUCCCUCCUGGGUCUCUGCCCGGCGCGCGGUUGCUGUGGCAGCGCCGGACGCAGCCAGAGCCGCGGCUGCCGCGGGCUCCACCUCCUCCCCCAAAGGCCUCCCCGGACCCCUGGCUCGGGCCCAGCCGGUAGCUCCGCCAUGCCCCGGGGGAGGCGCGGCGGCAGGGUGAGCGCCCUGGAGGGCUGCCGGGAGGAGGAGGCGCCCCCGGCGGCGGACGCCGUGCCCUCGGUGCUGUGGGCGUCCGGGCAGCAGCCAGAGUCGGCGGCCGAGCUGAUUCUGCUCCGGGGCAUCUUCGAGAUCCGGAGGGACAGCUGCGACGUGGUGCUGAGCGAGCGGGCCCUGAGGUGGCAGCCCAUCCAGCCCGAGCGCCCCACAGGUUUUUCAGACAGACCGAAGUCAUUAAAAAUCGUCCUUAACCCUCAAAGCCACAAAAAAGAAGCUACUCAGAUCUAUUAUGAGAAGGUUGAACCACUGUUGAAGAUUGCGGGAAUAAAGACGGAUGUAACAGUAACAGAAUAUGAAGGGCAUGCCAUGUCACUGCUAAAAGAAUGUGAACUACAGGGAUUUGAUGGUGUGGUCUGUGUUGGUGGAGAUGGAUCUGCCAGUGAAGUAGCCCAUGCUUUGCUUCUUAGUGCCCAGAAGAACGCCGGGGUGGAAACAGACAGCCUCCUGACUCCUGUCCGAGCCCAGCUUCCACUUGGUGUGAUACCAGCAGGAUCUACUAAUGUAUUGGCACAUUCUCUUCAUGGAAUUUCUCACGUGGUAACUGCAACUUUGCACAUUAUAAUGGGGCACAUACAACCGGUCGAUGUCUGCACCUUCAGCACCACUGGCAAGUUUCUUCGCUUUGGGUUCUCAGCUAUGUUUGGCUUUGGUGGAAGAGCUUUGGCUCUGGCAGAAAAACAUCGAUGGAUGUCCCCUAACCAACGUAUGGAUUUUGCUGUCAUUAAGGCACUGGCAAAACUUAAGCCAGAGGAAUGUGAAAUAUCAUUUUUACCAUUUAACGACCCUCAGGAUUUAGAAGAAAGGAGGGCACAGGGAUCUCUGAAAUCUGACUGUAAUGAUCAGUGGCAAAUGAUCCAGGGUCAGUUCUUGAAUGUCAGCAUUAUGGCAAUUCCAUGCCUGUGUUCCAUGGCACCUAGAGGCUUGGCACCUAAUACCAGAUUAAAUAACGGAAGCAUGGCUCUUAUAAUUUCACGAAACACUUCUCGACCAGAAUUUAUAAAACACCUGAAAAGAUAUGCAAGUGUUAAAAACCAGGUACAGUAAACCAUUUAGAUUACCUGUGUGCAAAGCAAUUAAUCAUGGGGAGAGAGAUGCUGCGAGAGUUGGCACCAAGUCCUGCCUUGUAAGAAAGCUUUAUUUUCUUCUGAAUGCAUUAACCUUUUUUUUUUUUUUUUCAAUUUGUUCUUUCUUCAAAUUCUGAAAAGUAUCCACCAGUAUUAAUAUGGAUUGGCCUUUUUUGAAUUGUGGGUUGGUGGUUAUACACAUUUAUGUGUGUGUGUGCAAAGAGAAAAUAGAAAAUGUAGUGUUAUAUUGAUAUGUGAAGUAAAUUAAGGAUAAAAUGACAUACUCAGCUGUUCUUCAGAAUGAAGAGUAGUGAAAUCUGAGAUUUUUAGCCUUCUUGAUUUUAUGGCAGCAGACUCCCUCUAAAGUUAUGACCUUUGGAUUUUCCUGUUGUUUAAGAUCAGCCUACUUACAUUGAUUGAAAUAGAUUUGCAGAAAUAUAUUUUAAAAUACACUACUUUUAUAUAGAUGUUAUUUAUUUUAUUCUAAACUUAGGAUGUGUGGUGGUAUUUGUAGAGAUAGAUAAAACUGUAUUUCCAUUCUUAAGGGAUUUGUUUUAAAGAGAAGCAGUAACUGUUAUAAGCCAUAUUCUUUUGGCAGACAUUUUGAGCCGGUUAUUAGGAAACCGAUCCAGAAAUAUGUGAAUGUCUGAAAUUAUGAAUCAUGAAGUACAUAGUAUGCAUGUAAAACCCUACAGUCUCAUACCUUCUUACAGGUAUAAAAUUGUGCCUGGAUGUAGCUGGGGGAGAACAGAUGGGGGAAGGAGAGUAAAUCCAGCCGGUGACCAGCAGCUGAAUCUUUCUUACAUAGGUAGCCACUGCAAGGCUCUCAUUUUUGCUUCUUUAUAAUUUUAAACUUUCUCAGGCAGGCUUCAUGAAGUUUCAGUUCUCCUCUGCCUACUACAUUAUUUGAUCAAUGUUUAUUGAGCAACCAGUUGAAUGAAAUGUUUAGGAAAUUAUGUCAUAAAAUUAUAUACAGUCCUAUUUUCUUUAAAUAUAAAUCUCUAAGGAGACAAAGUGGAAAAAAGCUGAUAUAAUGUAGGUUAUAAGACUAACUGAUAACUUUAUGUGUUUGGGAAAAUAGUGAUUUAUUGAUUUUUAAAGGAAUGUAUGCCUUUUCAGAUGUUGCUAAUUUUGUUUGCAAUUUUAUUAUUUUUCUUAAUCCAAAGCAAUACAUGU